GUUAAAGAGACAGUGCCCCGGUGCGGGUGUUUCACCCGGCUGGGCGCUGUGGCCGUGGUGGCCCUGGGCUUGCAGCCGGCGCCCGUGACAGCAGCGUCGCGGAGCCGGCUACCCCAACCCGGGGCCGCUGCCGACCUCACUGACAGAGCCGCAUUGCCUGGCGGGAUGGGCGGCGAUGCGGGAGCCGAUGGUCCCCGGGGCCGCAUCAAGAGCCUGGGGCUAGUGUUCGAAGAUGAGAGCAAGGGUUGCUACUCCAGCGGCGAGACAGUGGCUGGGCACGUGCUGCUGGAGGCUGCAGAGCCAGUAGCCCUGCGUGGGUUGCGUCUAGAGGCCCAGGGCCGUGCCACCUCUGCCUGGGGCCCGAGCACUGGCGCCCGGGUCUGCAUCGGUGGCACUGCUCCAGCAGCUUCCUCGGAGGUGGAAUACUUGAACCUGAGCUUGAGCCUACUGGAGGCCACAGCUGGUGAAGGCAUCACUUUGCUACAACCCGGAAAACACGAAUUUCCUUUUCGCUUUCGACUUCCAUCUGAACCAUUAGCGACAUCAUUUACUGGGAAGUAUGGCAGUAUUCAGUACUGUGUGAGGGCUGUUUUGGAACGACCCCAAGUCCCAGAUCAGAGUGUAAGGAGAGAGCUCCAGGUUGUCAGUCACGUGGAUGUCAACACACCACCCUUAUUGACUCCUAUGCUGAAAACGCAGGAGAAAAUGGUUGGCUGCUGGCUCUUUACAUCUGGUCCUGUGUCACUGAGUGUCAAAAUUGAAAGAAAGGGCUACUGCAAUGGAGAAGCUAUUCCCAUCUAUGCGGAAAUAGAGAAUUGUUCAUCUCGCCUAGUUGUCCCUAAGGCAGCCAUAUUCCAAACCCAGACAUAUUUGGCUAGUGGAAAGACGAAGACAGUCCGGCACAUGGUUGCCAACGUUCGAGGAAACCACAUUGGUUCUGGAAGUACAGACACAUGGAAUGGAAAAAUGCUAAAAAUCCCACCUGUGACUCCAUCUAUCCUGGAUUGCUGCAUUAUCAGAGUGGACUAUUCCUUAGCUGUAUACAUUCACAUUCCUGGUGCUAAAAAGCUGAUGCUGGAGCUGCCUUUAGUUAUUGGUACAAUUCCAUACAGUGGCUUUGGCCGCAGAAACAGCAGUGUUGCAAGCCAGUUCAGUAUGGACAUGAGCUGGUUGGCACUGGCCCUGCCGGAGCAGCCUGAAGCACCACCCAAUUAUGCAGAUGUGGUAUCCGAAGAAGAAUUCUCCCGACACACCCCUCCAUACCCUCAGCCCCCUGACUGUGAGGGAGAAGCCUGCUAUUCUAUGUUUGCCUGCAUACAAGAGUUCCGGUUCCAGCCUCCACCCCUUUAUUCGGAGGUUGAUCCACAUCCUGGUAAUGCUGAAGAGACCCAGCCCGUUUCCUUCAUUCUCUGAAGAGAUUCCAGAAUUCACUGUGUUGCUGCCAACUUAGACAAUUGGUUCUUUCGCCAGCAUUGUUGGAGGAGAAAGUUACCUAAGAACAUUGAUGCACUCCAAGUGCGAAGACAGAAACAAAGGGAUAGGAGAACUCUUCCGUGGACCAGUGGGAUGGCUGCACAAGUUGAUAGGGCGGGGUCAGUUGUCCACUUUAAAAGUGGAUGGAAAUGUGAACUGAAAAACCGGAAGUCCUGGUGAUGGGAGAGGAGGUGAAGGAAUGCCUGAACUGUUGGAGAAAGGAGUCCUAGGGAGUUGGAAGGUUACUGGAGUGCACUCUGACCAGAGUUCACAUGGUUCUGAUCAUAUGGACUUGGUAGAAAGACCUGAUUUAGGGAAACUAGGCAGCUUUGGAGGGAGUAUGAAUGAGGAAGUGGUCUCCUUUGAUGGAAUUGAGGUCCCCAGGUCUCGGGGUCUUCAUGAAUUCUUAUCCCGUUACCACAGCAAGGUUCAAGUUCCUUGCAAGUCUCCUUUCUGGAGCCCAUGGUCAUGUGAGAUCGUGAGAGAAGUGACAGUGUUUCCACUCUUUCUUUCCUGAGGAGGAGGUUGAAAUGUGUGUUGAAGAUUGGCUGUAUUGCAUCAGGAAGCCUGGAAGGGGUUCUUGAAAGGCUUGCCACAUCAAAAGGAAAGAGGCGCUGUCACAUGACGUGUUCUGGGAAAGGCUGUACGUCCUACCACUUUAAGAACUUGCGCGAGAUGUAUGUUGGAUAUUCCUCAUCCCUUAUUUACCUAGGGAUUACUGGAAAAAGACAGGGCACAACAUCUUUAAGAUACCUGACACCUGCACAAAACAGAGUGUUUUUCUUAUCCUACCUCUGGGGCUUUGUCAGGCCUGCUCUCAGAACUCCAGGCCUGACUGACCUUUGGGGUUUCUGCUGUAUGCAGGCUCCUUUCAACCUGUCACUUGAUCUGAAACUAGACCAAGGGGAAAUUCCAUGAACUUAGCAUUAAAUAGAAAUAAAUUACAAACACCUAAGAUCUUAAAAGAACUCCCAACCCAAAAGAGAACAGGAACGUGCCUGAACUCUUCCUGUGAUGAGGCUUCAGUGGAUGGAUGUUGGUUGCCAAACUGUGCAUUCUUAUUACAGUCCUUAGUAAUUCCAUUUAAACUGUGAUUUUUUUUUUAUUGUUUUGGUGCAAUAUUUUGUUGUCAUUGAGCCUCAGGAUAAUGCAGACCUACAGGGCUGUGUUGCUGCUGGCAGGGUCAGACAUGUCCUUACCAGCCUCCUCCUUUCCUGUUCAUGGCCCCAUGCUCAAUUGUUUUGCCUCCAAUCUGUCGGGCCCAGGAGCUGAGAACAUUGCUGGCACCAAGUGGUAGAGAAGUUCUCACAGUGGAGAUCUGGACCAGCCAGAUCCUAAGGAUUUGGUCUAGAAAUCCUGGUGCUCUCCAGGCAGAAUGUUGUCCUGCAUCCAACAGAAUGAUGGAUUUUAUCUCCAGUCACCAAGUUCACUUAAAGAUAUAUAUCUAGGGUUAAAUUUUAUAUUCAAAAGUCGGUGGGCCAUUUGUUCAGGGAUUUUUGUACCAAUGUUAGGUAAAUGUCUGCUUGUCCCCUCUGAGCAUACCUCUCUUCUGUGGUCAUGGUUAUUGUCAAACACAUGUAUUUCAUUGUAAGCCACUGUCUAAAAUGCCAAAUGGUUUUGCCAGUAAUUGCGGUGUGGGGAUUACCACAAGCCUUGUUUUUUAUGUUAGUUUUUAGAGAUUUCUUUUGUCUUUUUGUUGUGUAUCUGUGAAGAGUUCUGGGUGUUCAAGUACUAUCUAAAGCGCUUUUGGGUGGGUUUUGUUAUUGUAGAAAAAUGAUGAGCUGCCUUUUGGCUUCCAGGCUGUAGUUUACAUGCUUUGUCAAGACGUGGUCCAUCUCCAUGAAACCAAAACAAAGGGAAAGAAAGUGACAGUGUGGACAGAGAGAAAUGGAACAGGUUGGCUCCUUGUAGAAAAGCCAUUGCAGUCAGUUUGCUUAGAGAAAUCAUUAAGUCCCCUG